CAAUGCGCAGUGAGGUUACCAGGAAGUGACCGUUCCCGUCUGCAUGUAAACAUGGCUGGUCGCGUCCUGUGCAGGUUUUCCAGUCUUCUUCGGCUUCGCAGGUCGGUUUUGUCAUCAAGUCCCCGGUUCUACGCAUUGAACCCGGAACCGGAGCCUUUGACGGUGUGUCAACAACAAGACGGGAUCAGGAAGAUAAUAUUAAACAACCCCAAAAGGAGGAACGCGCUGUCGCUGUCCAUGCUGGAGUCCCUGCGUGAAAACAUGCUGAUAGACGUGGACAGUGACGAGCUCCGAGUCAUCGUCAUCGCAGCCAAUGGUCCUGUCUUCUCAUCUGGACAUGAUCUGAAGGAGCUGACAUCCAGUCAGGGUCGAGCGCAUCACACUAAGGUGUUCAACACCUGUUCAGAGGUGAUGACUCUGAUACAAGACAUCCCCAUUCCCGUGAUCGCCAUGGUGAACGGAGUCGCUACAGCCGCUGGCUGUCAGCUGGUGGCCAGCUGUGACAUUGCCGUGGCGACAGACAAGUCCAGCUUCGCAACUCCCGGGGUCAACGUGGGUCUGUUCUGCUCCACGCCGGCGGUGGCCCUCGGCAGGGCCGUUCCGAGGAAGGUGGCCAUGGAGAUGCUGUUCACUGGGACACCCAUCUCGGCCCAUGAUGCCUUGCUGCACGGUCUGGUCAGUAAAGUGGUUCCUGAGGAGCGAUUGGAGGAGGAGACGCUGACCAUUGCUCGUCGGGUCUGUCAGUCCAGCCGACCUGUCGUGGCUCUGGGCAAAGCUACGUUCCAGAGACAAAUGGCUCAAGGUCGCGACGCAGCGUACGCCACAGCCUCCAAGGUGAUGGUUGAAAACCUGGCGCUGACUGAUGGGCAGGAAGGCAUCCAGGCUUUCUUUGAGAAACGCAAACCGGUAUGGAACCACCGAGUGGAGAAGGCUCACGACUGAGUGGCGUGAGACGCUUCGACAGCUGAACGUUCGUCCCUGGACUCCUGCUUUUGGACUGAGCAAAUAUAUGUAGUAAUUUAUAAGAUGAGUCUGGAUGGUGUCGUGUCUUUUGAAUCAAUAAUGAGCUCUAUUUUUGUAAUAAGAUGGAAUUGCAUCAGGUGU